AUGCUUUCUACAAAGUCACAAUUGGCGAUUUCAAUGCCAAAAUUGGCCCAAGAAGAACGCCUGAGGAACUUCACAUCGGGAACCACGGCCUACAAUGGAAUGAACAGGGGAGAGGCUCUCCGUGUUCAUCAUGAGACCAUCCAUGGGAACUCGCCAUUCCAAAAGCACCUUUCUCUACGCUGGACAUGGGAGUUGCCCGGUGGAGGGUACCGUAAUGAUAUAAACCACAACAUCGUCAAUAAAAGGUUCUGCCUGACAGACGUCGCUGUUGUGCCAAAGUUCUAUGCGGGAUCGGACCAUCGCCUCCUCCGAGGAAGAUUUUCUUUCACAAGGAGAGCAGAAAAAGCCGCCAAGUUCAGAGAGAGACAUCCCAGAACUAUCAUCAACAGGGAUCUCUUCACUACGCUAGCCGGCUUUUGGGAAGAUUCCGCAAUGGACAACAUCGACGAGGAAUAA